AUGGCCUCAGAGGCACCUCCUGGGCUGCCCCUUGUUUGGGGUGGAGUGGCAGGAGCUGCCAGGCUGCCCCCUCAGAUUCUGUUGACCUUUGAGGAGGUGGCCAUGGACUUCACGGAGGAUGAAUGGGCUCUGCUGGAUCCGGGCCAAAGAGCUCUGCACAGGGAAGUCAUGCAGGACAAUUUUGAGACGGUGGCCUCUCUAGAAAUAUCCAAACAGGGCUUCAUCUCUUCGCUGGAAGGACAAGCUCCACUGGAUGUGGCGUUGAUGAAGGGGAGAUAUCAGCAGCAGAUGAUGGGCAGAAGAGAUUACCUGAUGGGAAAUGUUAUCCAACAAAACAGAACAGUGAAUCUAUUAAUUCUCCUUAGCUUUGGGGACCUCAAGGAACUCCAGUUUUUAAUCUUUCCACUCUUUUUAGGGAUAUAUGGAAUCACAACGGUGGGAAAUGUUCUUGUUUUAAUAGCUGUAUCAGUUGAUAAGAGACUCCAUACCCCUAUGUAUUUUUUUCUUAGCAAUUUAUCAUUCCUGGAGCUAUGGUAUACCUCAAACAUCACCCCUAAAAUGUUGGUGGAUUUACUGAGAAAGAACAAGACCAUUUCAUUGGCAGGCUGCAUCAUACAGCUAUAUGUUUUCUGUGCCCUGGGAACUGUUGAAUGUUUCCUCCUGUUGCUCAUGUCAUAUGAUCGCUAUCUCGCCAUCUGUAGCCCACUGCAUUAUGCCAAAUUGAUGAACUGGAAUUAUUGCCUUAAAUUAACUGCAGGUACAUGGUUAUGGGCCUUCCUGUUGGCUGCUGGUUUGAAUUUCAUUAUAUUCACAUCUUUAACACUUUGUGGCCCCAAUCGUGUUGAUCAUUUCUUUUGUGAUGUGACACCCUUGUUGAAGUUGUCCUGCUCUGAUACAUAUCUUGCAGAAGUGGCCAUCUUUGUAGCAUGCUUUGCUGUGUCAUUGGUUCCUUUUCUUUUGACCAUCACAUCAUAUGUCAAUAUCAUACUGACCAUUUUCAAAAUCCCAUCUUCAUCUGGAAAGAAGAAAGCCUUUUCCACUUGUAGCUCUCAUCUUAUUGUAGUAAGCUCCUUCUAUGGAACUCUGGGCAUCACAUAUGCAGUCUCUGUAGGGACACAGUCAGUAGAAUUAAACAAAACACUUUCCUUACUGUAUACUGUCUUGACUCCUAUGUUUAAUCCUAUUGUAUACAGUCUGAGGAAUAAGGAAGUUAAAGAAACCCUAAGCACAUUGUUGAGUAAAGUUUCAGCUUUCAUAAACCGGUCAAAUGCUACUCAACAAUAUUGA